AUGACUUCUGAUAAUUUGACAGAUCUAAUCACUGAUACGCCAUUUUCGUUAAAUUUUAAAGCUGUUAGUAAUUUAUCAAAUUCCAAUGAUUUAGAUUUAGAUAAUACUAAUUUAUCAAGUGCUGGUGGUACUGGUUAUUUGACUGAUUCACCUUUAAACACAAGCACAAGUGUUAGUACAUUAGAUAUGCUACAACAGAAUAACAAUCAUUUAAAUCAGAUUUCAAAUAAGAGCUUGAUCUCAAAUACUGCAAAUACAAGUGUUACAAGUAUUGAUACGCAAUUUUUAAGUAAUAGCAGUAUUAGUAACAACAAUAACAACAACAACAAGGGUAAUAAUAAUGAUAGCAACGAUAAUGAUAUAGGUUUGGGAUUAGGAUUAACUUUACAAUUAGAUGAUACUUCAAUUAGUGGGAAGCUAAAUAAUAAUAUCUUGAAGGAUGAGUAUAGUCCACAAUCUGUUGAUCAGAUUUCAAAUAUUAAUAGUAAUAACGCCAAUAACAACGACCAUAUCAACCUCAGAUACAAUUAUAGCAAAAAAUUGAAUAAUAACAAUUAUGCUGGGAAUUUGGAAUCGUUUUUAGAUGAUUAUGUGUCCAAUGAACUACUGAUUAAUGAUAAUCAUUUCACUGAUUCAAAUAUUGAUAGAAGAUACAGUGAAGUCAUUACAAAUCCUUUGAAAUCACUAACUAAUCAACGUAACUCAAUUUCUCAUUCAAUUGAUUUUUGGAAUUUAUCAAAUAGCAACAAUAGCAAAUUAAAAACAAAGGCAAAAUCAAGAUUAAGAUCAAAAUCAAGACCAAAUUUAAGAUCACAAUCUAAAAUUAUAAAUAGUGAUGGUAGCCCUCAAGUAGAUUCAAAUGUAUCUCAAAUGCUCAACGAUUUCAAUAUGAACUUUCAUGAUAACGAUUCAAAAACCUGUAACAGUAAAAGUAUUAAUAGUGGCGGUAUGUUAAUAAAAUCUCCAGGAAAUAAUAGUUUUAACGAUAAUUUUAAUUUCAAUUUUAAUGAUAACGAUAAUAGUGAUGAUAAUUUGAAUUAUACUUUUAAUAAUAAACAAAGAGCUAAAUCUAUUUCAAGCAUAAAUAACAAUUAUAAUUCAAACAGUGGUAACAUAUAUUCCCCUCAACAGCAAUAUUCCAUUAAAAAGCAAAACCAAUAUCAAAGAAAUUCAAUUUCAUUUGUUGAUAACAAUUCAAUACGAACAAAUGAAAAGUUACUCUCAAAAUUUAGUAAUAGUUCAAGUAUCACUAAUAUUUUAUCUUAUGAAAGCGCAAUUUUAUCUGAUGAUGACAAUGACAAUGAAAUAGAUAGAAUUUUAAAAUCACCAAAAUCUACAUCCUUCUCUAUCAAUAAUGAUUCAAUUGAACAAAAAUUUAUAAAACCUUCAAUGAUUUUAAAUGAAAAUGCUUCGAAAGCUGCUAUUGCAGCUACCUCUGGGGUGAACUCAAUUGAUAUGUUACCAAAUUUUCUUGAUAACACGACAAACCAAUAUGAUUUAACAUUAAAUCCUACAUCUCUUUCAUUAAAUAAGACUCCAACUCAAAAAUUCUUCAGUCCACCUAUUAAGACUCAAAAGAGUAUAACUCCUGUGAAUUUCAGCUCUACUACAAGACAUACAUCAUCUAAGAGUGUCGGAAAUGGUAGCUCAAGUGCAUCUAAUUUGAAUACUGUUGAAAAUCCUCGUCCUGCCACUUCAAGUAGGAGGAGGAAGUCAUCAAGUAAAUCGACUACACCAGUUAAUUUAGCCGAUGAUGAAUCGAAACCUUUCAAAUGUACUGAUUGUGAGAAGGCCUUUAGACGUAGUGAACAUCUAAAGAGACAUAUACGAUCAGUUCACUCUUCUGAAAGGCCAUUCGCCUGUAACUACUGUGAAAAGAAGUUUAGUAGAAGUGACAAUUUAUCACAGCACUUGAAAACUCACAAGAAACAUGGGGACUUCUGA